GAAAAAAAUGCGCAACCGAGCGCAUCAACUCGACGCCGCGCGCUCUGCCCGUUGCGGAUAUACACGUGCUCCGAGAGAGCGGCACGAGGAGAGGGAGAGAAGAGGGGGCGACGAGAGUUCCAGGUGGCGCGAGACGGAGACUGCUUCGCAAUUGGUCGCUACCAUCUCGGCUGACAACGAGAGCAACUAUACACUAGCUCACGCUUUUGCAUGCACGCUCGGGACGCGGUGUAUAACGGACUCGUUGUAUAUUCUCGUUUUCUUCGACAGUGCAAUUUUCGAUCUCGCGAGUGCCUGUGUACUAGUGUGUAUCUGUGUCCAACUGCUCCGGAGAGAAUAAACAAACAAACGAACAAGCCGCCGGCUUUUCCUCUUUCUCAGCCUUGAUACACGCCGUCUGUCUGUGUGUGUGUGUGUGUGUGAAUCUAGAAAGAGUCGAGGCACGAUGGCGCCGAACAUAACGAGUGUACCGACGGGUGUCCUCUUCGAGGACGAAAUGGUGGAGAAUCUUCACACGUCCCAGCACCCCUCCAAGGAGCAGCAGAAGAACGACAAGGAGUACAAGCUCCAGAUAGUCUGGAGGAACGUCACGAUCUUCGUCUUUCUCCACAUAGGCGCGCUCUACGGAGUCUACCUCGCUAUCACGUCGGCCAAGAUAGUCACGACCGUAUUCGCCUUCCUCCUCUAUCAGCUCAGCGGCUUCGGAAUUACCGCGGGCGCGCAUAGACUCUGGGCGCACAGGUCGUACAAGGCGACCUGGCAACUACGACUAUUGCUCUGCAUCUUCAAUACGCUCGCUUUCCAGGAUUCGGCGAUUGAUUGGGCUAGAGAUCACAGGAUGCACCACAAGUACAGCGAGACCGAUGCCGAUCCGCACAACGCUACCCGAGGAUUCUUCUUCGCGCACGUCGGCUGGCUUCUCUGCCGCAAGCACCCCGAGAUCAAGAGGAAGGGACCUACCCUCGAUCUUUCUGAUCUCAAGAGCGAUCCGAUUCUCGCAUUCCAGAAGAAGUACUACUUGUAUCUGAUGCCGUUGGUCUGCUUCGUCAUCCCGACUGUCAUCCCCGUCUAUUUCUGGAACGAGACCUGGACCAACGCCUACUUCAUCCCAACGAUCCUGCGCUACGCCUUCACCCUUAACAUGACCUGGUUGGUCAAUUCCGCCGCCCACAUGUUUGGAACUAAACCGUACGACAAGAGCAUCAACCCGGUACAGAACAAGGGUGUCGCCAUAAUGGCCCUCGGCGAAGGAUGGCACAACUACCACCACGUCUUCCCCUGGGACUACAAGACCGCCGAGCUCGGCAACUACACCUACAACUUCACCACAGCUUUUAUCGACUUCUUCUCGCGCAUCGGCUGGGCCUACGACCUCAAGACCGUCUCGAUGGACGUGGUCCAGAAGCGAGUCCAGCGAACCGGUGACGGAACUCACGAACUCUGGGGUUGGGGCGACAAGGACCAGACGCAGGAGGAGCGCGACCAAGCGAUAAUCCUCAAUCACGCGAAAAAACAUUAAGGCCACUGCGCUGUGUUUGUUCAUUUGAUUAGACUUUGAUUUUUCAUAUUUUUUUUCACAAAUUUUUCUCUUCUUUUUGCGUGUCUUAUAACAACGCGGACCUCGAGAGCGAGACUGGAGUCUGAACUGUUAAUACGCUAGUCGGAUUAACAAAAAAAAAAAAAAAAAAAGUAACGUAAGAAACAUCGUUUCAGCAUUCUCUCACAUGCAGCAGUAAACAAAAAAUCAGACUGAUGAGCCUUGCUACACAUAUACGAUAAACCUUUAAUUUUAAAAGAGGGAUCAACUAAACAACACAUCAGAUGGAACUAGAAACAAAAAA